GAUGCCGGAUGAGAAGAAAGCGCAGGCAACUUCCAAGAAGGGCGCCAAGAAAAUCAUCAAGAAGGCGCCGGGGAAAGGCGGCAAGACAAAGAAACGAUCCAGGAAAGAAAGUUACGCCAUCUACAUCUAUAAAGUGAUGAAGCAGGUUCACCCCGACACCGGCAUCUCCUCCAAGGCGAUGAGCAUCAUGAACUCGUUCGUCAAGGAUAUUUUCGAGCGUAUCGCGGGGGAGGCUUCCCGCCUGGCCCAUUACAACAAGCGCAGCACCAUCAGCUCCCGGGAGAUCCAGACCGCGGUGCGGCUGCUGCUGCCUGGGGAGCUGGCCAAGCACGCCGUGUCGGAGGGUACAAAGGCGGUGACCAAGUACACCAGCUCCAAGUGAGACCCCACAUUGUGCUGAGAAAAACACACAUCCAAAACCCAACGGCUCUUUUCAGAGCCACCCACAAUUUCAAUGAAGCAGUUGAACCAUUUUACGUUUGUAAAUGAUUCUCGGUGUCUAUGGUUAAUGUCCCUAAUCUUUAUCUUUGUUUACACAAACGUUCUAAACAUUACCGUGCGGUCCCUGUCCCUCUGUCGGUUACUUUCGGUUGCCUUCCUACCCAGUCUCUCCUCCCUCGCUGU